AAUGUUGUAGGUGAAGUGUUUGUUUUGGAUGACGGUGGAGAAGUAGACUUGGACCUGGGUAAUUAUGAGCGAUUCCUUGAUGUUACCCUUCACCGCGAUAACAACAUCACAACUGGCAAAAUAUACCAGAGUGUGAUUGAUAAGGAGAGACGUGGGGACUACUUGGGUAAAACAGUCCAAGGUAAUUAUUCUUUCUUUUCUUUCCUUUUUUCCCCAUCAUCCUUGUGAUUUAUAAAAGGAUAAGAAUUCAAGCAACCUUUUGAAGCCAACAAUAGUCCAGUUUGCGAAUUAUAAAUUACUGCGGAAUACAAACAUUAACGACACAUUCAUACAUGGUUAGCCUCGACGUAAAGUAAAAGAUGCAGAAAUUCCGGCAAAUACAGUGUAAGUGUUUGCAAUUUGAACGUACACAAUAGACAGAGUAAUAAACAGGUCUUUUUCUUGUUGGAAUUUGUGAAUAUAUUACUUCAGAUGGAGGCUAAGCCUGUAAAAAUGCGUCUUCACUUCUUUUCAUUCAGUGAUCAUAGCGAACUCAAAACUGGACUAUUGUUGUUAUUAUUUACUUUUCUUGUUAUUGAGUUGCAAUUCUCAUGUAUGAGUAGAUGUUUAUAUUGUUGUUUAAUUUUAUCCUUGGUUUAGAUUUUAUUUUUGCUUUGUUUGUGGGUAUGGUCAUGUAUGAUAAUAAGUUUGGAAUAAAGAUUAAGAAGAAUUAAACUCAAACCAUUACAUAUAUGCAAAUGAACACAACCUACUGUAUUACAUUUUCCUAAAUCUAUAGGUAAAAAGCCUACCAGUCUGUAGACAAAAAUAGUUAAAAGAGUUUCUUUACCCAUGCUUUUUUGUUGCACUUAUAUUUCUUUUGUGUUCUCUUUGUCAUCCCCUUCCCUUGGUCUAUUCCCCCAUGCCCUCAUAAUUCCAUAAUCCUUAAUUUCCCACCCAUUCAGAUUUUCCGUUUUUUUGUAAAACCCUCUGGAAUUACUGGCAAGGUUCACAGAUAUGCCUAAUUUGGCUUAUUUUAUGCCAAAAUAUUUCAAAUGGCUUUACUGCUGUCAACAGGUGCAAACUACUUUAACUUAAUUGGUAACGUGUGUACACUUGGAAGAUUGAUACAAUCAAUUGUAUUUUCAUUUCCACCAUCUUGAAUUUUAGACUUCGGGGUCAGCAGUCACUCCCAAUCACAUGAACUUCAAAAAUUAAAAUGGCGUCUUCGGUCAAAAGACCAUGUUUCGCAUUGAAUGGGCAAAAUAAUUUAUGCGGCUGUUUCAUCAAGAGAAAAAGGAUGUUUUGUAGCAUUAAGGCCUCUGGAGCUUGAUGCCAACCCACAAUUUGUUGGUUUUCUUCUACAAAUGAACACAAAAACAUCACUGAUUGAUGGAUGCUUGUCUUGUAUCCUGCUGCUGAGGUCGUCAACAAUGUCAUCAGUUCAAGCUUUAUAAGCGUUUUCAAGGAAUUCACUCUUGUCUGUCCCCUGUGGAAUUUCUGGAUCUAAAGACCCCAUGCCUUCAGAUUUCCAGUUCAAAGAUUGGCCCCUUGCCCUCGGAAUUCUGAAAAGCCGUCCUUGGUAUGAUAAGGGUAUUUUCUGGAAUUGCCCAAUUUAAUUCAAAGUGCAUGUAAGGCCUGGAGACAGAAAUAAUCAGUGACAUAAAAUUUUCAGACCUUCCGAGCUAUAUGUUCAAUGUUUGGAAGUGCGAGGGUAUGAACCCACUACAGGCAAGUGCUUUUUUCUUUUUUGUAGUGGUUCCUCACAUAACAGAUGCCAUUCAAGACUGGGUGACAAGAGUUUCAGGUGAGCCAGUUGAAAAGGACACCAAUGCUGAUGUGUGUAUUAUUGAGGUGAGUGAACAGGAAAAAAGCAUUAUUUACAUCUUUGACAUUGUCAUUCUCCUGUCACAGGGUGCAAAGAAAGUCAUUUUUACAGCUUGCCAUUUGGGCAAGCUGAAGCUAACAUUUACUAUCCCAGACAUCAUUUCAACUAGCCCCAAAAACGUUUUGAUGAGCAGNUGUAGUGGUUCCUCACAUAACAGAUGCCAUUCAAGACUGGGUGACAAGAGUUUCAGGUGAGCCAGUUGAAAAGGACACCAAUGCUGAUGUGUGUAUUAUUGAGGUGAGUGAACAGGAAAAAAGCAUUAUUUACAUCUUUGACAUUGUCAUUCUCCUGUCACAGGGUGCAAAGAAAGUCAUUUUUACAGCUUGCCAUUUGGGCAAGCUGAAGCUAACAUUUACUAUCCCAGACAUCAUUUCAACUAGCCCCAAAAACGUUUUGAUGAGCAGAAUUGAUUUCACAGUUCUUCUGUAAUUUGAAGUCCUCAAAAAACUUCACUUGCCUGUUGGGCAAGUUAAGAACAGAAUUCACUAGCCCCGGGCUAUCGGACACUGCUUUCUUUGCUGAGCCAGAGUGAAGAGUAUUCCAGCUUUCAUUAAAGGGUGAUCUAGGCUCAUUGAAAAUAUCCCAGGGAUUAGAUUAUGCUGAAAUCAUGUAUUUUAAUUGGAAUAGCUAUAGUUGAACCUCUGCUAACAGCUGCCUCUCUACUGUUACAUGUACAUCUCCCUUUUUGGUGGGCAGUCUAUACAUUGACUCUUGUUUAAACCUCUUUAGAAUGGCCACCUCUCUACAACAGCCACUUUCUUCUGACCCUAAGGUGGCCAUUGUGGAGAGGGUUAACUGUAUUAGAAUAAUUAUAUAUACUAGUCAUCUUGCUUUUGGUGUCUCACAGUAUGGUAAUCUGCCUGUAUAAUGAUCCAUUACUUCAAAUGUACACUGUACAAAUUUAGCCUUCAAUUUACCACAGUAAUAACAGUGUUACCAAAUUUUAAUGAUAUUCCAUUUGAUUUUUCUCCUCAGCUUGGAGGUACAGUUGGUGAUAUCGAGGGAAUGCCAUACAUUGAGGCUUUUCGACAGUUUCAGUUCCGAGUUGGAAAAGACAACUUCUGUGUGGUGCAUGUCAGUUUGAUACCUGAGGUAUGGCCCGUUAUAUCGCAAAAUAAUUUGAAAAAUUGUUCAAGAGCUUAUUGCUCAUACGAGUUGUAAAUUAGUGUACCUGCAAAUUCAGUUUUGGCUAAACAGACAUUACUUGCCACAGUCCCUUUUAAAAUAUGAGUUUCUUUGAUCUUGUUAUGAUGGGAAUAAUAAAGUAAACUGUGCAGUAACAAAAAGAGAGCACCGGGGUCAAGAGAAAUUUAUGGAGUCAUUGGACAGCCCUUUUGUGUGUUGUUGAGGAUGAGAUUGUAUGUUACAAAAAUGCUAUAAUCCAUUUACUUCUGAGACUGAAAACAAGAUUAAACAAUAAAGGUAUUCAUGUCACAGAUUUGAAACAAGCCCUACAUUUCUUGCCUUAAGAGGAUUAACUUUAUUUGUGCUGUGUGCAUGUAUCAAUAUGUAAAUUUAGCUGAAGUUCUAGCAACAUUUUUCAGCCUGACUCAACUGGAGAACAGAAAACAAAGCCAACACAGAACAGUGUUAGAGAAAUGCGUGGUUUGGGAUUAAGUCCAGACCUGGUGAGAUACUUUUUUGCCUUUGAUUUUUCUGUCAUGUAGUUUGGGCAGGACUGCAGGGUUUUCAAUAAGAGGCGGCUGCUGGCAUCACCGCAGGCUGUUUCACGUGAAUCGGCCAUAUACAUUUCUUAGGAAAAUUAAUUACCCCAGUUUUUACAAAUAACAUGAUUAAAACAGAUACUGAACCAACCAAUGAUUCAUAGCUACUGGCAAGAAGAAAGAAAUUUCAAAAGAGAGAAUUCAUGGGCUGUCGCUGAACGGAAAAGGCCAAAUUUUAAUGAUGUCUGUGUUUUGUUAAAAUAAAAAAAAGCUCUAAUUUUUGCUCCAGAAUGCUGGAAAUGCAUUUCUAAGAUCUCUUAGAAACUUGCGCUUUUGAGGCGAGUUUUUUCCAUCUCUGCCUACUCCAAAGCUUUUGCCACCUACUUAAAACCUUAUUAGAAAACCCUGGGGUUGUCACUAAGAUUUCAAUUUUGUGGGAAUGUGCAAUUAGCCAGUGAGAGAGUGGGCCAUUUCCAAGUGCCAAAAACUCUCAUUUUCAAAAUGAGGCUAGGCACAAAACCUUACCUGUGAAAAUGAGUUUUAUAUGCUUGAGACUAUCAUGAUCACCUGAGUGAGUGGCCUUCAGGAAAGGUUGUCAGUGUGUUGGAUCUGAUCACUAUUAAAUCAAAAUUGCAGAUUAUGUGUAGAUGCAAGCAUCCUGUUACAACUUCUGUCAAGGAAAAGGUGUCUUUGUUUUGCCAUGUUCCCCCAGAGCAGGUAAGAAAUUAAUAAAUGUUGAGAGAGCAGGAAUGGUGGAGUGGACUGGUGGUUGGACCAGUAUGCUGCUGCGUACCAUUCAUCUAUUUAAAUAAACAUUGUUUGUUUGGCUGUCAGUCUUGUGAGUUGAGUUUAAUUUGUCUCGGACCUUCUCUGAGGGUUUCUCCAGGUUCUGUGGUGUUCCUCCCUCCAUAAGCANCCAAGUGCCAAAAACUCUCAUUUUCAAAAUGAGGCUAGGCACAAAACCUUACCUGUGAAAAUGAGUUUUAUAUGCUUGAGACUAUCAUGAUCACCUGAGUGAGUGGCCUUCAGGAAAGGUUGUCAGUGUGUCGGAUCUGAUCACUAUUAAAUCAAAAUUGCAGAUUAUGUGUAGAUGCAAGCAUCCUGUUACAACUUCUGUCAAGGAAAAGGUGUCUUUGUUUUGUCAUGUUCCCCCAGAGCAGGUAAGAAAUUAAUGUUGAGAGAGCAGGAAUGGUGGAGUGAACUGGUGGUUGGACCAGUCUGCUGCUGCGUACCAUUCAUCUAUUUAAAUAAGCAUUGUUAGUUUGGCUGUCAGUCUUGUGAGUUGAGUUUAAUUUGUCUCGGACCUUCUCUGAGGGUUUCUCCAGGUUCUGUGGUGUUCCUCCCUCCAUAAGCACCAACAUUUAAUAUCAUUAAUUCAAUUAAUUUUGAUUACCAUAUUAACUAGAAAGAGCCUAGUGGCACUGAUUUUGAGUAACCAAUUCAUGAAUUUUCCACUUACCAGUGGAGCAGUUAUGGGGGAGUGGGGGAAACAGUGAGGUCAAAAAUAAAUGCAGCUGUAUGCAUUAGCUUGCGCAGGUCUUAAGACUCUCAUAGAAUCAGAAGUUGUUUUUAAAAUUCUGGUGAGAUAACAUAGCAACCUUUCAUGAAAAGUUUUUUUUCAUGCCUGUUGUCUUGUGUCCAUUUUUUACAUCAGCUUAUUCAGGAGGAAGUCAUGUCAUGGCUGCUAUUUUUCCAUUUCAUUUUUGCUUUUUUGAGUAAUAUCACAGUUUCAAUCAACCAUCCUUUUGUCAGUUUUCACUAUUUCAUUUGUCUUAUGCCACUGUCUCAAGUCCGUGUCGGCCUGGGCCCUAGACAUUUUCCAUCUUCAAAGUCAUUGACAACCUUGCAAGUCUGAGCUGUAUUUGGCAUGUGUGUUGCAGGUAAUUGAUGUCCAUGAUUGCAAGUCUAUAUACAGAGUACCAUUGUUGUUGGCAAACCAGAACAUUGUACCAUUUUUUGCCAAUAGACUCCAGAUGGAAAUCAAGUCACCAAAAAAACCAAGGCAUUUCAUGGUGCAGUGGAAAGAACUGGCAGAGAGGUGUGCUUCAAGACUACAAAUCUUUGAUAGCUCUUCACUGUCAUGUCAAAUUCUGUUGUCAUUAUUAAUUUUACAGGAAUUAAGCAUAGUGUUGAAAAAAGAAAAAAAGAAGAAACAAUUUAUUGGUACCUAGGAGAAAAUGAAAGGUUAAACAUUCAGUUCACAGGGCUCCAAAAAGUCCCGUUCAGGACAUUCCACUGUAUCGUGGCCAACAGUUGCCAGCGCCGUACAAAAGACUUAUUGACAAGAUCAAGCAUAACUAACUACAAGAGAACGACUGGAGAACUGACAAUUUGACUAACAAUAGACGACUGUUUAACUGUGAAAAUAGACGGAUGGAAAUGCACCAAUUGCUGAUUAUGAGUCUUCAUAGCCAAUAACAUCACGGCUUAACUGACAGACAACCAAUAACACCGCAACGUAAUUGACCAAUCAGAUCAAUAACCAGAGUAUAAUACCAUCAACUGACGUGAUACAACUCACUUUGACUCUGAAGAUUACUACCACACAGGUUGUCGAAACGUCAGUCACUGUCAACAACAACAGUCUUAUUCAGGACUACGUUCACCCGGACGAUCAAACUCAACCUACUUUUGAAAUGACUCCUGGGUUCAAACCUUUCACUAUAUUUUUCUUGCUGGGCAUUUAUUUUAUGAAGCUUACUUUGCCCAAUGGACAACAGUCCAGCCAAGUCAUCUUAUAACUCAAAUAACAUUGUUAUUACUUGUAAUAACCAAAGGUUACGGAGUGUGGGCGACAACAGUCGUAACCUGCGUAACACUUUUUCUCCAUUGCUGUGCUUUGCGUAAGUUUCACGUGACAGAUAGUCAAAACAUGCGUGAUGAGGUUACCAGUGAUAGAAGGUCCAACUACGCGUGAUCAAAUUGCAUUCGGUGCAUUCCAUUCAUUCUUAGUGAAAGUCCAAAUAAAUGCUGGCUACAUAAAUGCGAGGCAUGCGUAAUAACAACCUGGAGAUUAGCAUUGUGGGCUCCACUUGUCACCCCCAAUCAACCCUCUAAGUCCCAAUAGUGACUAAUGUCAAUUUUCUCCUAACGAUAUCAAUACAAUAUCAAGCAAUUAGGUUAUGAGAAUUAAUAAAAUGAUCACCUUAGGGAAAAUGCGCUGAUCUUUUAUCAAAUUCUCUCAACUCGUUCAUGAAGGAAAUGUAUGGAGAUCAGUUUGGAGAAUUUGUAUGUGGAUAUUGGGGCUUAAAGGGUUAACUAAGAUGAGCAAGCAAUGGCCCCAGGCAAGCAAAAUGUGGGACCUUCUUAUAAACUGGAUUUCAAGUUUCUUUAAGCCCUGUGUGAAACCUUUUUUGACCUAACCAAGUGCCAAAAACUCUCAUUUUCAAAAUGAGGCUAGGCACAAAACCUUACCUGUGAAAAUGAGUUUUAUAUGCUUGAGACUAUCAUGAUCACCUGAGUGAGUGGCCUUCAGGAAAGGUUGUCAGUGUGUUGGAUCUGAUCACUAUUAAAUCAAAAUUGCAGAUUAUGUGUAGAUGCAAGCAUCCUGUUACAACUUCUGUCAAGGAAAAGGUGUCUUUGUUUUGCCAUGUUCCCCCAGAGCAGGUAAGAAAUUAAUAAAUGUUGAGAGAGCAGGAAUGGUGGAGUGGACUGGUGGUUGGACCAGUAUGCUGCUGCGUACCAUUCAUCUAUUUAAAUAAACAUUGUUUGUUUGGCUGUCAGUCUUGUGAGUUGAGUUUAAUUUGUCUCGGACCUUCUCUGAGGGUUUCUCCAGGUUCUGUGGUGUUCCUCCCUCCAUAAGCACCAACAUUUAAUAUUAUUAAUUCAAUUAAUUUUGAUUACCAUAUUAACUAGAAGGAGCCUGGUGGCACCGAUUUAGGGUCACCAAUUCAUGAAUUUUCCACUUACCAGUGGAGCAGUUAUGGGGGAGUGGGGGAAACAGUGAGGUCAAAAAUAAAUGCAACUGUAUGCUGUUGCCAAAAUUUUGCAAUCAGUUUUUUUUUGGAAUUCAAGUGUGCUGGACUGAAAGCAUUAGCUUGCGCAGGUCUUAAGACUGUCAUAGAAUCAGAAGUUGCUUUUAAAAUUCUGGUGAGAUAACAUAGUAACCUUUCAUGAAAAGUUUUUUUUUCAUGCCUGUUGUCUCUUACAUCAGCUUAUUCAGGAGGAAGUCAUGUCAUAGCUGCUAUUUUUCCGUUUCAUUUUUACUUUUUUGAGUAACAUCGCAGUUUCAAUCAACAAUCCUUUUGUCAGUUUUCACUAUUUCAUUUUUCUUAUGCCAUUGUCUCAAGCCCAUGUCGGCUUGGGCCCUAGACAUUUUCCAUCUUCAAAGUCGAUGACAACCUUGCAAGUCUGAGCUGUAUUUGGCAUGUGUGUUGCAGGUAAUUGAUGUCCAUGAUUGCAAGUCUAUAUACAGAGUACCAUUGUUGCUGGCAAACCAGAACAUUGUACCACUUUUUGCCAAGAGACUCCAGAUGGAAGUCAAGUCACCGCGAAAACCAAGGCAUUUCAUGGUUCAGUGGAAAGAACUGGCAGAGAGGUGUGCUUCAAGACUACAAAUCUUUGAUAGCUCUUCACUGUCAUGUCAAAUAGUGUUGAAAAAAGAAAAAGAGAAGAAACAAUUAAUUUUAUUGGUACCUAGGAGAAAAUCAAAAAUCCAAAAAGUCCAUUCCACUGAAUCGUAGCCAACAGUUACCAGCACCGUACAAAUGACUUAUUGACAAGAUCAAGCAUAACUAACUACGAGAGAACGACUAAAGAACUGACAAUUUAACUAACAAUAGACGACUCUUUAACUGUGACAAUAGACGGAUUAAAACGCACCAAUUACUGAUUACGAGUCUUCAUAGCCAAUAACAUCACGGCUUAACUGACAGACAACCAAUAACACCGCAACGUAAUUGACCAAUCAGAUCAAUAACCAGAGUAUAAUACCAUCAACUGACGUGAUACAACUCACUUUGGCUCUGAAGAUGACUACCACACAGGUUGUCGAAACGUCAGUCACUGUCAACAACGACAGUCCUAUUCAGGACUACAUUCACCCGGACGAUCAAACUCAACCUACUUUUGAAAUGACUCCUGGGUUCAAACCUUUCACUAUAUUUUUCUUACUUAGCAUUUAUUUUAUUAAGUUUACUUUGCCCUAUGGACAACAGUCCAGCCAAGUCAUCUUAUAACUAAAAUAAUAUUGUUAUUACUUGUAAUAAUCAAAGGUUACGGAGUGUGGGCGACAACAGUCGUAAUCUGCGUAACACUUUUUCUCCAUUGCUGUGCUUUGCAUAAGUUUCACGUGACAGAUAGUCAAAACAUGCGUGAUCAGAUUACCAGUGAUAGAAGGUCCAACCACGCAUGAUCAAAUUGCAUUCUGUGCAUUCCAUUCAUUCUUAGUGGAAGUCCAAAUAAAUGCUGGCUACAUAAAUGCGAGGCAUGCUUAAUAACAACCUGGAGAUUAGGGUUGUAGGCUCCACUUGUCACCCGCAAUUAACUAAGAUGAGCAAGCAAUGGCCCCAGGCAAGCAAAAUGUGGGACCUUCUUAUAAACUGGAUUUCAAGUUUCUUUAAGCCCUGUGUGAAACCUUUUUUGACCUACAAGCCUUUAUGAAUGUUCUUUGUUGUUGUUGUUGUUCUUAUUUGUUUGUGUGGUUGUUUAUUAUUUUUUAGGGAAGAGCGUCUUCUAGAUGAAGUGAAGAUUGCUCUUGUUGGCAAGUACACCAAGCUGGAGGAUGCUUACAUAUCUGUUCUUAAAGCUUUAAAGCAUGCAUCCCUUCACUGUAAUAAACGGCUGAAUGUUGUGGUAAGGUUCCUUUGAAAAAAGACACUCUAAUACAAUUUUGUUCAGAAAGAUGCUUAUUGGUACAAAGUAUGCUUAUAUAACUGCCUAGUAACAUGUACAUGUAAUGAUACAACUUUAACACUGUCUUAAAUGUUUGUUACAGCAAAUUCUAACAUCCCUCAGCAUACGGGAGAGUAUUAUUUUUUUAUUUCUAACUUGCAGUGGGUAGAGGCUGAAAAUCUUGAGAAGGACGUACAAGAAAGAGAUCCCGUAAAGUAUCAUGAAGCAUGGCAAAAAUUGUGUAGCUGCGAGUAAGAACUAGUUUACUUAAAACAAGGCUCUGUUCUCCUUGUAAAUCUAGAGCGGUACAUGUACAAAAAGUGACCCUUUAGAGCUGUCAUUAAUGGCUGUAACCUGUAACACCUGUUAUGUCAAAGCUCACUUGAUGUAACCUGAGAUCAGGCCCAAUUUGAGCAGUUCUCAUACAUUCUCUCUGACAGCUACCGCUAAAAUUGGGCCUGAUCCAAACUCAUUCACUUUUGUGCUCGUUAUGGCCAGAUUUUGGCAGUAACACUGAUUGGCUGUUAGGACAAUGUCACACGAUCUGAUUGGCUGUCGGAAACGCCGGAAGUUGAAAGCGNAGGAUGCUUACAUAUCUGUUCUUAAAGCUUUAAAGCAUGCAUCCCUUCACUGUAAUAAACGGCUGAAUGUUGUGGUAAGGUUCCUUUGAAAAAAGACACUCUAAUACAAUUUUGUUCAGAAAGAUGCUUAUUGGUACAAAGUAUGCUUAUAUAACUGCCUAGUAACAUGUACAUGUAAUGAUACAACUUUAACACUGUCUUAAAUGUUUGUUACAGCAAAUUCUAACAUCCCUCAGCAUACGGGAGAGUAUUAUUUUUUUAUUUCUAACUUGCAGUGGGUAGAGGCUGAAAAUCUUGAGAAGGACGUACAAGAAAGAGAUCCCGUAAAGUAUCAUGAAGCAUGGCAAAAAUUGUGUAGCUGCGAGUAAGAACUAGUUUACUUAAAACAAGGCUCUGUUCUCCUUGUAAAUCUAGAGCGGUACAUGUACAAAAAGUGACCCUUUAGAGCUGUCAUUAAUGGCUGUAACCUGUAACACCUGUUAUGUCAAAGCUCACUUGAUGUAACCUGAGAUCAGGCCCAAUUUGAGCAGUUCUCAUACAUUCUCUCUGACAGCUACCGCUAAAAUUGGGCCUGAUCCAAACUCAUUCACUUUUGUGCUCGUUAUGGCCAGAUUUUGGCAGUAACACUGAUUGGCUGUUAGGACAAUGUCACACGAUCUGAUUGGCUGUCGGAAACGCCGGAAGUUGAAAGCGCUUAUUCCUCGCAUGGUUGUUUUCGUGAAUGAUCCGUCGUCGGCAGAGGGAAGGAUCAAUUUUGCUGUCUUUUUCAUUGUUUUAUGGUGGGAAAAUAUGCCUUAAAAUAGGCCGGAAAUUCAGAAAAUUCAUAUGGUUGUUCAAAUCUUCUCAGGAUUUGCUUUAUUUACGGAAAGUGAGUGUAUCGCGGAGUUGAAUCCCUCUGCAAGUUUUGACCGCUAACAAGGUGCCUUUUGAUUUACCAAGAAAUGGGUGCAAAUCAAAAUACUGUCCAUCUUAAAACUGCUUUCAUUUGAAAGUUUAGCCGGGAGUGACUUCUCUGAACGGGGUAAGCAAGCAGAGGCUCACUGUGAAAGAAACCUCAAUCGCCAACUGUGUAGUAUUAGAUGAAAAAUAUCGCAUCGCUGUUCAAGAAAUUUUCAGUGUUAACAGACCGGUUGUUUGCCUUUGCUUUUUGUAAAAAAUAAACCAGGAAAACUGGUGUCCUCGCCCAUUGGCUGUUUGCUUUUGUUUUUAAAGAUUUAUGUACUGAAGUUGGGAGAAAUUGCCAAGGAAAAUAUUAAGGCAACGGAAAAAUAGAAAUUUCAGUAUUUUAAAUUCGAGCGGGCCUAGCCAAAAUAAUAAAACUAGUAGAACAUCGUGUCGCCGUCUUUUCGAAAACUUUUUACCUUCUACGCCAACAGAAAUAACCUUUGACAUCUCCCUUAAUCUCUCAAGAAGUUAAAUGUGAUUGUCCUGACUGUUUCACUUUUAGCUGAAAAAAUUAACAGAUAAAAGCUAUUUUUUAAGUCAGCCAGUCUGCAUUUUUCUCGCGCGUGAAAAAUUUGCAUACUAGAAAAACAAGCAACAGAAGUAAUUUUGGUUGUCUGAUUCGGCAAAUGUCAAUCAAUCAAAAAAGUGGGCAGCAGACGUUUCGUAGAAGGUUUGUAUCAGGCUCUCUUUUCGUUUCGCCAUGCCCGCCAAAAUGUUAUUUACAAAGCGAAACAAAAAUAGAGCCUGAUCUCAGGUUAACUUGAUGUUACGGGUGAUCAAAGUGGAAAGCAAAAGGUGACCCUAAAUUUUUGUGUUACGGGUGAAUCUUCAUUGCUACAACUGCUUAAAAACUUAAUGACAGCCCUGACUUUCUGUAGAGUGCACUAUCAAGCCAUUUUGGUUAACUUAAAUUCUUUGUUUGUAAUUAUUGCAGUGGCAUUUUAGUACCUGGAGGAUUUGGAAAAAGGGGAGCAGAAGGAAAAAUGGCUGCUGCUGAAUGGGGAAGAAAGAUGAAAAAACCUUAUUUAGGUAGACCUUUCCCUUUGGAAUAGUAUAUUAUCAUUAUUUGUAUUGUAAGGCAACAUAACAUACUUUAAUACAAAAUUUUCUCAACUACACUAGAAAUUGAUCUUUUAAACCAGGUGCUGUACUUCACAUUAGAUGAAUCAAAUAGUACUGCAUCUGAAGCAGUUCAGAAUGGCCUAUUAAAUGUGUAUUGGAUUGGCUUAGCCAUUCUAUAAGCCUGGCUAAGCCAGGAAUAAUGGCUGUGGACCUGUCUUUAUUCAGAUGCAGAACUUCACAUGAGUGAAACAACAUGAAUAAUUUUUAUGAUUUAGUUUACAGAAAUGCACGUGUUUUCCGUUAGAUUUAGUUCUGGUAGAAUAACGUUUGUUUUAAAUAAACAAUAUUUAUUACAACAUUUGCACUAAGAUCCUAAAAGGCCUAUCUAGAGAGCUUAUGCUGUUUACAUUGAAUAUUUCAAAAAUACAAAUACACGUUACAAUCAAACACACACUCAAAAGGGGAAAGGUUAAAAAGAAAAACAAAAAUAAAUAUAAAAAGCACAAACACACACAGCAACUAACAGAAACGAUUUGAUAGUGAAAUAAACGACUAGACAAGCUGAAACAACCCAACGUUAAUUUGAAAAUCAGCAGUAGAAAUACCAGUUAAAAGCCAAUCGAUUUUUUCCUUUCUGAGGCACAAUGCCAUCUAUUUCCAAGUAAUUGUGCAAUAAAGUUUGGUGUCUGAAUCAGUUUAGUCAGCCGAAAUUGAUUUAAGUCAGCCUAAAUUCUAAUUUGAUUUGGCUCGUGAAGUAUAGCUUCUGAACGGAGCCUUAAUAAAGGAUUUAACUCUUUAAACCUUAAGAUCCAAAUUUGAAUUCUCAUUGGUUGUCCCCAUUCAUUUCCUACAAAAGAGGUGGGAAUUGAUAAAAUAUCAAGCAAAUUCAUCUUGUGUGAUCAUGAACAUAGUUCUCAUGACCACUCUGUUUUACCAAGCAAUGAUACGACAAGGAGAAAUUUGAUGCUGAUCACUCUUAGGGCUUAAUGGGUUAAAAAUGCCCAAGGAACAAAUAAGUUGGUUUUGAUCUAUUUUAUUGAGGAUUUAAAUAUUGUCAGAAGGAAGUUUCAUUUUUCUGUUUUAAAAAUUAAUGUCAGCCGUGAAACAGUGUGCAAAGAAAGAUACUUUACAGCUUGCCAUUUGGGCCUGCUGUAGCUAGCAUGUACUAGCCCAAAAGUCAUUUCAACUAGCACAAAAAAUAGAAAAAAUCGAUGAGCAGGAUUGAUUUCUGUUCUUCUGUUAUUUGAACUUGACUUGCCCAUUAGGCAAGUUUAUGAAUAAUAGUAUUCUCCAGCCCGAGAGCCAAAUCCACUAGCCCUGGGCUAUCGGACACCACUUUCUUUGCACACUGCCUGAAAAGGAGUUAUGAGCUGGGGUAUCAGAUUCAGACUUGCCUGUAUUUGCCAGUUAAUGUUAAAUGUUAAACAUCACAUAAAAUUCUAUGUUUUUCAGGAAUUUGUUAUGGUAUGCAGUUAGCUGUAAUUGAAUUCUCUCGAAAUGUUUUAGGAUGGAAAGGUAAUAACUUCUCUCAUUGUUUUGUAAGUUUUGUAAUAUCAAUACUUGCAUUUCAAGAAAAUAGUUGUUAAAUUUAAUGUGCAUUUUAAAUAAGUCUAGUGCCCAUGACCUUUUGCUACUGAUGUUAUCUAUUAUUAUGCACACUCUUUAACCACUCAACAAUGGAUCAUUCCAAUAACAAGUUUGCUAACUAAGAUUUGACUGCUGGAAGGUAGAAGAACUCAUGAUAACCAUUACACAGAAUAAGAAUCACUUUUAUGGAAAACAUCAUAUUCCAUUCGACAGUUUCUGAAAUUACAAAAUAAAGCAGACAACGAUCUCAUUGCUUGCAUUGUGCUAAAAGCUAUGUGCAUCUUACAUUUUAUGUUCCCAGGGGCAAAUACAACUGAAAAUGAACCUGAUACUACUUACCCUGUGGUAAGCCUGUUAUGAUUAUUUUAAUAAUUAUUUUGAUACCCAAGAGUAAACAGCAUCAGGAGAGCACAUAACUGUUUGAGGCAGUAUGGUGGCCAAGCAGUUAACAUGUCAGUCUACUCUGUACAUCCACACUCAAAAGUGGUCUUCUUGUAGAUUGUUUCCUUAAACAAGAAACUUUUCUCCACGUUGUCUGUCUUUCGCCAAGGUGUAUAAAAGGGUACCAGCCAUAUACUGCUGGAUUAACCCUGUGUUGGUUUAGCAUCCCAUUCUGGGGAUGAAAGAUAUUAGUAAUUUGAGGAAUAAUAGCAGAUUAAUAACAUGGUUUGCACGGGCCUUAAAUAGUCCUUGAAAAAGCAUCAUGUCCUUGAAACGUCCUUGAAUUUUCCACCAUAGUCCUUGAAUAUUUUUGAAAGCUCCUUAAUAAAAAUAACCUUCGCUAAAAAUAAAAUGUUUUGCGCAAAGAAAUGAUUGAAAGCACAGCAAUACACAUUUUCUUGGUGAUCAUGAAAGUUUUUUCCUAUGAUUUCGGUGUUCCCGGCAUAGUUCAUUUUCCGUUAUUUGAAGUACCCUAGGAACCGUGCCUUAAUGAAGGAAGGUACUACCUACGCAUUUUAAAAGUCUUUACUUCAUGUUAUUGGGGAAGUGAAGUCCGUGAAAAAAUAUUUUAGUCCUUGAUUUUUUCCCAAAAAAUUCUGUGUGAACCGUGUAAUAGAACAUAGUUGUUGAGACCAAGCAUGCAAACAGAGCCCACUUCAGUUGAGCUUGACCCUUUAAGGACCGCUUUGGUCGUUUUCAUUCCACAUGCAACAAUGAAUAUUUUCCUUCUUGGAUCGUCAGUACGAGCUGUUAAGUUGGUAAGCAGCAACGUCAGCAAAGAUCGAUGUUUCCAACAAUACCUCGUUUUGGAAAUUCUGCUGACAGAGUUACACACAAAAACCAAGUAACAUUUUGGGGAAAAAUCCAUUGCUAAUUUCGCUAUUUUUCUACUACUAUUUGCAGAUUAAAUUUGUCUCUUUCCUAAAAGUUUAGCCAGCCACAAUUCCAUGCAAAAGAAAGACGAUAAAGUGGGCAACAACACUGGAUAUAAAAAAGAAAGAUCGAGUGCGCGUAAAAACAAAAAAGCUGCUUCAUUACAGAUCCUAUUAGUCGGAAAAUAUGUCCUUGUUGUUGCAAAACUAAUUUUUUGUCAUUCCCUUGCUAAUUGGCCGAAAACCAGUCCAAAAAAGAGGAAUUGGUGAACAAUGCGUUUUUUUUCGCUACUCUCUGGAUUAAAAAUGCCCAAGGAACAAAUAAGUUGGUUUUGAUCUAUUUUAUUGAGGAUUUAAAUAUUGUCAGAAGGAAGUUUCAUUUUUCUGUUUUAAAAAUUAAUGUCAGCCGUGAAACAGUGUGCAAAGAAAGACACUUUACAGCUUGCCAUUUGGGCCUGCUGUAGCUAGCAUGUACUAGCCCAAAAGUCAUUUCAACUAGCACAAAAAAUAGAAAAAAUCGAUUAGCAGGAUUGAUUUCUGUUCUUCUGUUAUUUGAACUUGACUUGCCCAUUAGGCAAGUUUAUGAAUAACAGUAUUCUCCAGCCCGAGAGCCAAAUCCACUAGCCCUGGGCUAUCGGACACCACUUUCUUUGCACACUGCCUGAAAAGGAGUUAUGAGCUGAGGUAUCAGAUUCAGACUUGCCUGUAUUUGCCAGUUAAUGUUGAAUGUUAAACAUCAUAUAAAAUUCUAUGUUUUUCAGGAAUUUGUUAUGGUAUGCAGUUAGCUGUAAUUGAAUUCUCUCGAAAUGUUUUAGGAUGGAAAGGUAAUAACUUCUCUCAUUGUUUUGUAAGUUAUGUACAUAUCAAUACUUGCAUUUCAAGAAAAUAGUUGUUAAAUUUAAUGUGCAUUUUAAAUAAGUCUAGUGCCCAUGACCUUCUGUUACUAAUGAUAAAGCAGACAACGAUCUCAUUGCUGGCAUUGUGCUAAAAGCUAUGUGCAUCUUACAUUUUAUGUUCCCAGGGGCAAAUACAACUGAAAAUGAACCUGAUACUACUUACCCUGUGGUAAGCCUGUUAUGAUAAUUUUAAUAAUUAUUUUGAUACCCAAGAAUAAACAACAUCAGGAGAGCACAUCACUGUUUAAGGCAGUAUGGUGGCCAAGCAGUUAGCCGGUCAGUCUACUCUGUACAUCCACACUCAAAAGUGGUCUUCUUGUAGAUUGUUUCCUUAGACAAGAAACUUUUCUCCACGUUGUCUGUCUUUCGCCAGGGUGUAUAAAAGGGUACCGGCCAUAUACUGCUGGGUUAACCCUGUGUUCAGUGGUUUAGCAUCCCAUUCUGGGGAUGAAAGACAUUAAUAAUUUGAGGAAUAAUUGCAGAUUAAUAACAUGGUUCGCACGGGCCUUAAAUAGUCGUUGAAAAAGCAUCAUGUCCUUGAAACGUCCUUGAAUUUUCCACCAUAGUCCUUGAAUAUUUUUGAAAGCUCCUUAAUAAAAAUAACCUUCGUUAAGAGUAAAAUGUUUUGCGCAAAGAAAUGAUUGAAAGCACAGCAAUACACAUUUUCUUGGUGAUCAUGAAAGUGUUUUCUUAUGAUUUCGGUGUUUCCGGCAUAGUUCAUUUUCCGUUAUUUGAAGUACCCUAGGAACCGUGACUUUUAAAGGAAGGUACCACCUACGCAUUUUAAAAGUCUUUACUUCAUGUUAUUGGGGAAAAGAAGUCCUUGAAAAAAUAAUUUUAGUCCUUGAUUUUUUUCCCAAAAAAUUCUGUAUCAACCAUGUAAUAGAACAUAGUUGUUGAGACCAAGCAUGCAAACAGAGCCCCCUUCAGUUGAGCUUAACCCUUUAAGGACCGCUUUAGUCGUUUCGUUCCACAUGCAACAAUGAAUAUUUCCCUUCUUGGAUCAUCAGUAUGAGCUAUUAAGUUGGUAAGCAGCAACGUCACUAAAGAUAGAUGUUUCCAACAAUACUUCGUUUUAGAAAUUCUACUGACGGAGCUACAUAUAAAAAGCCAAGUAACAUUUUGGGGAAAAAUCCAUUACUAAUUUCGCUAUUUUCCUACUACUAUUUGCAGAUUAAAUUUGUCUCUUUCCUAAAAGUUUAGCCAGCCACAAUUCCAUGCAAAAGAAAGACGAUAAAGUGGGCAACAACACUGGAUAUAAAAAAGAAAGGCAAAGGGAAAAAAGAAAGAUCGAGUGCGCGUAAAAACAAAAAAGCUGCUUCAUUACAUCCUAUUAGUCGGAAAAUAUGUCCUUGUUGUUGCAAAACUAAUUUUUUGUCAUUCCCUUGCUAAUUGGCCGAAAACCAGUCCAAAAAAGAGGAAUUGGUGAACAAUGCGUUUUUUUUCGCUACUCUCUGGCAUUCGCCAAAGGGUUAACCCAAAGUUAUUUGUCCCUGAAUAGCACGUAACAACCCGUUCCUAUCCAUGUCCCCUCUAUAGUUGGAGACGUCAUCAGUUUUCACGGUCAAGGACAACUAAUCUGAAACUGCAUUUUGUAGAAUGAACCUUAUUUUGUUUUUAGGUCAUUGAAAUGCCUGAACACAACCCAGGCCAGCUGGGAGGAACAAUGAGACUUGGAAGACGACGUACAGUGUUUUCAGAAACUCAUGAAAGUAAAACAAGUAAGACUUAAAAAAAACUCCCUAGUCCUAUAAGACUAAUGUUAUGAAGAGUAGGUGGACUGCAUGCUAGCACGUACAGCAUGUUUAGAAGUCCGUUGGAACGAAGAAAAUUCUUUUAAAUGAUCAAAUGAAUGAAUUAUUCAUUUACUCAUUGUUAUAUUUAUUAUUGUUAAUUUUUCAAAAUUGGAGCCAUGAAAAAAGGUAUCAACAGAUUACUUUAACGCUAUUAAUAACGGCAAUAAAGAAUGUCUCAAAAUAGUUUCGUCUCCGCCCCUCUUCCGUCCUAUACUUUUCAAUUUCCUGAACCUGCAGAUCUAACACGUGUUGUUGAGGUCUAUUUUCUAGCCUUCACCACCUAAAAAAGUCACUGCCGUUUUGGGGAAUUUCUGACAAAAGCGAAAGAAGUGUUAAAACUAAAAUCGCAAAAGGCGAUUCAAUCCAUCGUGGAAGACUGUCAAUUUGAGAGUGACCGUGACUUAAGCAAGUUUGGUGGUCCAUACAAGGCCAAAACCUUGGUCAAGUGAUACAUUUUCAUCAAGUAGGCUGCUAUAUAUAGCCGUACACAAGAAAAAUAAUAAUAAAUUGUUAUUUUUCCUGUUACAGGAAAGCUUUACAAGAACGCAUCUUUUGUCGAAGAGAGACACAGACACAGAUAUGAGGUAAAAGACUUUAUACGGUGAAAUGUGUUUUGUUUUUUUUUACUCCUUCCUAGGUCUAGGAUCCUGAUCACCUUUUUUUUCUUAGGCGCAUCAUUGGUCAAUGAAUUUAAAAACUUCGGCUCGUUAUUACAAGUGUAGCUAUUGUCCUCAGAGUCUGAAAUAGUUGCCUUUGUACACGAGUUUUGUAAGCAUUUCAUUAACUUGACCUCAGGUUUUUCAUUAUCGUGUUGCUGGCUUUUGGCAGAUUGUUACUUUUCUCCUUGUCCCAUUAAAAUUAACUGCAAAGUUUUUUCGGCCUACACCUUUUUUAUAUUGUUUGUAAAAUAAAUUAAAUAUUGUCUGACAAGUGCAGUUGUACUCCCUUAUUUUCCUUAAGUAUAACUUGGCAAGUAGCCCAAACAUUCUGUUUUACCAAAAGUAAUGUUGCUUCAACCUCGCGGUUAUGUGUCCCGAAAUUUACACCUUAGGCACACAGUGACAUAGUCUUGAAGGCUCUUAUUGAAAGUUUGUGUAUUUUUGUUCUCAAAACGAGCCGAGAAAAAAGGAAUAAGUAGAGAAAGGCAAUUAAGACUGCUUUGUCGGUCAAAAGCAACAUCUUCAAAGUACUUUCUAGUGACGUACCCUUGGGAAAAAAAACCUUUAAAAGCCUUGAGCUCAGUUAAAGCGUUUCCAUUUGCAAACUUAACUAGCGACCGUUAUAAUUGGAAUUUCAAGCUUUCUGUUUACCUCCAACUAAUAACGGCUGUCCUGUUACUGACUGGCACGAAGGUGCGUAUUUUUUACAGUGUGGUACACAAGGUAACUUUUAUUUGUCGAGGGCUUUUUGGCCAAAAAGAGUAAUUUCCUUGUGUUAAAUCAAAGGUUAACCCAACAUAUGUCAAGCAGUUAGAGGAGAAUGGCAUGCUGUUUGUUGGAAAAGACGUUGAAGGCGAGAGAAUGGAAAUCAUGGAAUUGAAAGGUGUGUGUUUAGGGUUCGCCCAGGUCAUGGAAAACCUGGAAAGGAUUUUCCAGGCCUGGAAAAUCAUGAAAUUUGAUUGUUGGUCAUGGUAUAUCAUGGAAAAUUUUAAGUUAUGUUUGGUAGAUUAGUUACUGCAAUGUCAAAGCAAGGACAAAGUGAGAUAGAUANGAAUUUCUGACAAAAGCGAAAGAAGUGUUAAAACUAAAAUCGCAAAAGGCGAUUCAAUCCAUCGUGGAAGACUGUCAAUUUGAGAGUGACCGUGACUUAAGCAAGUUUGGUGGUCCAUACAAGGCCAAAACCUUGGUCAAGUGAUACAUUUUCAUCAAGUAGGCUGCUAUAUAUAGCCGUACACAAGAAAAAUAAUAAUAAAUUGUUAUUUUUCCUGUUACAGGAAAGCUUUACAAGAACGCAUCUUUUGUCGAAGAGAGACACAGACACAGAUAUGAGGUAAAAGACUUUAUACGGUGAAAUGUGUUUUGUUUUUUUUUACUCCUUCCUAGGUCUAGGAUCCUGAUCACCUUUUUUUUCUUAGGCGCAUCAUUGGUCAAUGAAUUUAAAAACUUCGGCUCGUUAUUACAAGUGUAGCUAUUGUCCUCAGAGUCUGAAAUAGUUGCCUUUGUACACGAGUUUUGUAAGCAUUUCAUUAACUUGACCUCAGGUUUUUCAUUAUCGUGUUGCUGGCUUUUGGCAGAUUGUUACUUUUCUCCUUGUCCCAUUAAAAUUAACUGCAAAGUUUUUUCGGCCUACACCUUUUUUAUAUUGUUUGUAAAAUAAAUUAAAUAUUGUCUGACAAGUGCAGUUGUACUCCCUUAUUUUCCUUAAGUAUAACUUGGCAAGUAGCCCAAACAUUCUGUUUUACCAAAAGUAAUGUUGCUUCAACCUCGCGGUUAUGUGUCCCGAAAUUUACACCUUAGGCACACAGUGACAUAGUCUUGAAGGCUCUUAUUGAAAGUUUGUGUAUUUUUGUUCUCAAAACGAGCCGAGAAAAAAGGAAUAAGUAGAGAAAGGCAAUUAAGACUGCUUUGUCGGUCAAAAGCAACAUCUUCAAAGUACUUUCUAGUGACGUACCCUUGGGAAAAAAAACCUUUAAAAGCCUUGAGCUCAGUUAAAGCGUUUCCAUUUGCAAACUUAACUAGCGACCGUUAUAAUUGGAAUUUCAAGCUUUCUGUUUACCUCCAACUAAUAACGGCUGUCCUGUUACUGACUGGCACGAAGGUGCGUAUUUUUUACAGUGUGGUACACAAGGUAACUUUUAUUUGUCGAGGGCUUUUUGGCCAAAAAGAGUAAUUUCCUUGUGUUAAAUCAAAGGUUAACCCAACAUAUGUCAAGCAGUUAGAGGAGAAUGGCAUGCUGUUUGUUGGAAAAGACGUUGAAGGCGAGAGAAUGGAAAUCAUGGAAUUAAAAGGUGUGUGUUUAGGGUUCGCCCAGGUCAUGGAAAACCUGGAAAGGAUUUUCCAGGCCUGGAAAAUCAUGAAAUUUGAUUGUUGGUCAUGGUAUAUCAUGGAAAAUUUUAAGUUAUGUUUGGUAGAUUAGUUACUGCAAUGUCAAAGCAAGGACAAAGUGAGAUAGAUACUACUAGUUAGUCAGAGCAAACGACACGCGUUUGGUGGACACCGGAUUUUGUAUGCUGAACUGAGUGUGGUAAAAAAAAUCCCCCCAAAAUAAGAGUAGUUUUGAAAAGUUUCGAAAGUGACCACUAAACCUUAGGCCAUGGAAACUGGGCAAGUUCAUGGAAUAAAUCAUGGAAUUUGAAGAGCUCAAAAGAGUACGAACUCUGACAUGGAAUCUUUUGGUGGACUAUCCCAGCGUUAUAACUGAAAUUUUGCAAAAUUAUCAUAGUGGCUAAAUUCAGAUAUGCCUCAAAUCUUAAUUUUUAUGUACCACGUGUAAGAUCAAAUUGUGGCAAACACUCAUUUGAGUUUGCCAUAACCAUAACCCGGGAAGAGAUUCCUACUAGCGUAAAAACACUCAGCUACCACCAGUUCACAAAACAGUGCAAGCGAAUUCUACUAACACUCAAAGGUAACAAAGUAAAAUAACUGUUUCUUAUAACUGUUCAUAGCUACAGUGGCACCGAGCACACAUAUGUUUAAAAAACGUGUUUCGAUUCCGUAAUAUAGCGAUGUUUAGCUCGAAAGUUGUGCUCCUCUGACCACCGUACACUUCUCUCAGAGCCAUUUAAUUCUUUCUUUUCUUCUCUUAUUUGUUAUUUUAUUUCUCUGUUACUCUCUGAUCAAUGUAAAUAUUAUAUUGAGUGUGGAUAAAAAUUCAAACUGAACUGAGACUCAGGGAGACUGUUUUGUGAGACUGUUCCAAGGGAGAGAAUUGUUGCUGCUGUGAAUUUCUUCGGGCGUUAUGAGCUGUUCCUUUUGUUUCAGACCACCCAUACUUUGUUGGUGUCCAAUAUCAUCCAGAAUACAUCAGUAGACCGGUCAGACCGUCCCCUCCCUACCUGGGAUUGAUUUUAGCAGCUAUCAACAAGUUACCACAGUACAUUGCAAGAGGAUGUCGACUGUCUCCAAGGUGCAGCAUCAGUGAAGAUGAGGAUGAUGAAGAGGAGGAGUUAGCUAGGCUUCCAGAGUUUAAACUCUAG